GUUACCGGGCGAGGCCCAAAUCAUCUUCCGUAUUAUGGAGGCCUUUGCGAAGGAGUACUUAGCCAAUAAUCCCGAGACAAGCGCUGAUGAAGAUGCAACGUUUGUGCUGGCGUACGCGAUCAUUAUGUUGAACGUUGACCAACACAACCCUCGUAUCAAGAAUCGAAUGUCUGUGGAUGAUUUCAG